GGCUUCGAACUAGGAGGUUCCCGAGGGAGGCGUAGCCAAGCGGAGCCGCGCGCAGGCGCAGUGGAGCCGGCGGCACCAUCAUGCCGGGGUCACACGUGUCCCGCGUUCGGCUCCUGUACCGGCGGCUCCUGGCGCUGCACCGCGCGCUGCCGCCCGACCUGCGCGCCCUCGGCGAUCAGUACGUGAAGGACGAGUUCCGGCGGCACAAAGGCGUCGGCCGCGAGGAGGCGCUGCGCUUCCUGCGCGAGUGGGAGCGGUAUGCAGAGAUGUUACAGCAACAGACGAGCGCAGCAGAAAAGAUGGCGCUGGGAGCCCGCCUCACAAAAGAACAGCUGGACGACUUUAGCGAGGAGCAGAUCGGUCAGCUGCAGGAGCUGAUGCAGGAGACCACCAAGCCCAACCAGCAGUUUAGCAUCAAGGACCCCUCCACUCCCCAGCCCUAGCCCACCCCUCCCACUGCUGUGAGGAAAGCGGCUUUUAUUUGUGACCCAGCUGUGCACAAAGGAGUGAUGUGACAGAAUCUGUGCAAAUCGGAGGUGAGCCGUGUGCUGGGACUCUUCUGAAAUGCGCUGGUGGGGGCCAGCCAGAGGCACCCUCCCAUGGAAUGGGGGCUCUCAGGGGCUGCAGUUGGUUGUCUGGGGAAAUGUUACCCUGAAAACAUCAAUCUCUGUACCCUAGACCUCCCCCCGCUCCACAGCAGCCUCCCAUGGCUCGUCUGAAGCCCUUAGCAGACGGGGUUGUCGGAGGUGGUGCAUUUGAUAAUACACAUUCAGAGUUGCCGUGACCCCCCAAAUACAAUGUGAUCUAUCAUCA